AUGCCUCCGUCUACAGCCUCGGUACCAGAGCCACCGGCCAAACGUUGCAAGCUCAUGGAGCGAGCCGCAAUGUAUACUGGUCAGCCCGUUAAGCUUCGAAGCAGGGAGACUAUCGGCGCUUUCGAGAUGCAUGUUCUCAGGCCAAAGCUCUGCGAACACUCAGAGUAUUUCGUACGGAAGCUUGGCGAAAGCAUUGUGAUGACUCUUGACGUCAGCGCUGAAACUUUGGGGAGUUUUGCAGUGUGGCUCUAUGAGGGCAAGGUGUUCGUGGAUGACAUGGAUAUAACGACGAACAGUGAAGAAUACAACAACAACAACGACGACGACGAUGACACCAACAAGAACAACAAUGCAAAUCAAACCUCCGGUAGUCUGGGGAACGAAUUUACCCGCAGCAUGGCCGCAGGUGAAAUUUCGAACGAAACGAUUCUUGUCAAGACCGAAGUCCAUAUCAACAUGGAAAAUACGAUCCCGGAGUACAGCCGAGAACCAGAAAUGAUAAAUGGAUCUGCUGGUGCUCCAGCUGGCGACCCAUGCCUUCCAACAGCCCCAUGGUAUGAUCAACUUGACUUGCCUAAGGAUACUGAUGCUCAUAACCUGGCUUUGCACCGAAUAGACGCUCGUAUCCUCGACCUUUACUUGUUUUCACGAGCUUACGAGCUCCCGGGCUUAGCCGUCUCGGUCAUCGUCGCCAGUCAAAGGUUCACCAGAUCACAUGCAGCGUACGCCAGCGAAUACGUUGUGUCCAAAGGAUGGACCAUUUUGGGACCCGAUGAUCCCUUGUGCCAGUAUUGGCUUCACCAAUUUGCGUUCAGCAGAAAAUUUAGCAGCAACGAAGUGGAUAUGCUAUGGCUAAAAGCCCUUCCCAGUGAAUUUCUUUUCGAAAUUCUUCGACUAAGACCUACGUUAUUGGAUGUUGGUAAUGGUGAUUCGAGCGAUCCCGUCGCAGAUCCCAAUCCAGAUCAUAAGUGGUGUUUUUUUCAUGGGCACGGCUCAGUAGAGGAACGAGAGGAAUGCGAACGUGGUCGUAAGGAUGAUCCAGACAUGAAAUACAAGAGGAAGCAGGGAAGAAAGAGCAAGUAA